AUUAAUUUCACGCUGACCUUUUGACCCGGCUGCCGUUGAAGCUACUGCGCAUGCGCAACACUUUUGCCACUUCUACUAACACGUGCACUCAGCUGUCGGCAUGGAGCGCUCAUUUUCUCCAGACCUGGUUCGUCCUAACCUGCCCCUGAGGAAACCAUCGUCGAGUCCCGCGGCUGUCUCCACCGCGUCGCCUCCUCCGAGAGCUCUCACGAGGCCCGCUGCGACGCCCGUGCGCCCCGCGUCUGGCGCCAUUGGAGAAGGUCACAUACAUUCACUAGUCAGCAGGGAUAAAUCUGAAGUGUUAGGAUCCAUGCCACCAGCACUGACUGUAUACUUCUGCAACUACUGUGGUCAGCAAGGAAAUUUUCGGUGCAAGCGCUGCAAGAAGACGCCUUACUGCUCUGUGGUGUGCCAGACAGAAGACUGGACAGCACACAGACACGUGUGCAAGUCCGUUGAUCCGGAACCUGCAAAAGAGAAACCAAAGGAAACCAUAGCUUCACCCGUGACAGGAGACAGAGCUGGCCUAUUGGAGUUGAAACAUGCUGAUGCAUCCAGCCUCCAGAGGGUCUAUUUGAAAGACUUGCAUAUGACUAAAAGCAUUAUGGGAACAGACAUCCAGGCAUCUGUUAUAGAGUUCUACAGCCCUGGCAGGUUUUUUCUCCUCGCCCAAAGCCCCAAGCUGCUGGAAGCUCUGCAGGUUAUCAGCAGCGAGCUUCAGAAAACUUACAGCUACCCCUCAGUAACAACGUAUGUACCCUGUGUUGGCGAAGUUUGUGGAGUACAGUUCUCCUGUGAUCUGAACUGGUACCGAGGCCUGGUCCAGACUUUGGCUGCUGACCAGAAGAUGGCUAAUAUCCUUUACAUUGACUUUGGCAAUGAAGAGGAUGUCCCUGUGGAUAGAAUCAGACCCCUGGCUGCUAAUAUCGAGCCAUUUUGUCCAUGCGCAAUGGAGUGCCGUAUCGCCGGGGUGGUGCCAUUGGCUGGUAACUGGUCAGGCGAGUGCUGUAUUGCGGUGAGACAGCUGUUGGCUGGCAGAACUGUGCCUGUUAGGCUGGUGGAAACACAACAGAAUGGUCGCAUCCAUGCUGUGGAUAUCCUGCUUUCAAUGGGAAAGCACUUGAGCAUGUUCCUCCUUGAGCAUGGUUAUGCAGCAAAGGAAACAGUCAAUGUAAUACCGACUCAGCAAGAGAUAAACGCCAUGAUGAGUGCAUCCUUGGCAAACUUCAAGCGUCACUCCAAUGGGAAGGAUAACAACGCCUGGGCUCAGCCUCCGGAGCCUCUGACACAGGCAGUGGGUGACUCCUUCUCUGUUGUGGUCACCCACUUCCAGUCACCCGAUGAAUUUAUUGUGCAAAAGGUGGAAAACGCUGGAGUGAUUCAGGAGUUGCAGUUGAGACUGAGGGAGCACUGCUGUCAAGUCCCACCCCCCCACACCUUCAGACCAGCACCUGGCACUGUUUGCUGUGCCCGGUUCUCAGAGGACAAGCAGUGGUACAGGGCCAAAGUUCUGGCUUAUCCAUCAGAGGAACGCGUCUGUGUCGGUUACCUUGAUUUUGGCAACUCCGAGGAGGUGGAUUUAGGUCACCUGCGGCCUAUCAGUACUUCAUUACUGGCCCUGCCAAUGCAGGCUAUGCCUUGUGGUCUAGCAGGGGUGCAGCCUGUUGGGGAGAAGUGGUCAGAGGACUGCCUGUUGGCCCUGCAGCGAAGAGUAUCGAACAGAAUACUGCGCAUUGAGAUCCAGGGAGCUCAUGAGGGCAAGGCUUUGGUGGCCAUGAUUGAUGAGGCCAGUGAUCCUCAGGCCAAUGUAGCCGAGUUGCUGAUCUCUGCUGCUUACGCUGCACCCGCUCCUGUUACUACCAGUAGUGACCAUCAGGUUGACCGUACAAUUGCUGCUGCUGAACCACAUGUGCCUACCCCUGCCUCUGAGCCUGUGGUGUGGUCUUUUACUGAGAUUCCCUGUAACGGCCAGACGGUGGCACUGCUAGCCAGCGUUGUGGAGAACCCUGGAGAGUUUUACUGCCGCGUUGACAAUCCUACAGACCAUCAGCGGCUGAUAAAGCUCGGGGCCGAGUUGAAGCAGCAGUGUGAGGCAGAUAACUCACUUUUUGAACCCAAGGUGGGAGAGCCCUGCUGUGUCAUGUUUUCUGAUGAUGGGGCAUGGUAUCGAGCUAUGGUGAAGGAGCUGUCUGAGAACCAGGUGUAUGUAAACGUUGUGGACUAUGGUUACAGCAUGAAAGUAGAAAAGCACCAUCUUAGAGCCAUUAAACCCCAACUCCUGACUCUACCCUUCCAGGCAAUUCGCUGCUGGCUCUCAGGUGUGGAGCCCCUGGGUACUGAGUGGAGCAGUGAAACCCUGCUCUGGUUCCAGACUCUGGUGGAUGGCGAGCAUCUCUCUGCACGUGUCCUUUCUGUCACUGAGCAGGGCUAUGGUGUGGAGCUGGAGAGCAGAGGGCGGAAUGUGGCAGCUGCCCUAAUUUCUGAGCAACUAGCCAAAGUUCCUGGAGAGAUUUCCAAAGAAAUACAUGCAACCACAGGCUCUGGAGUCAAAUACAAAGAGACUGCAACGGAAAAUGAGCACUCCAACCAGACAGGAGCCGGUUAUAAAGAGAAACCAACCGAGGGGCAGACUGCAGUGCCAUCAGAAGUCCCAUCUUUCCCAGUGGACUGGAAGACAGUGGAGCUGCCUGUCAGCGAGACGUUUAAGCCUUACAUUGCAGCUGUCACUAGUCCUUCCCUCUUCUACCUGCUUGGUCCCAGCCAGGUAGACAAGCAGAAGCUUCAGGAGUUGAUGAUGGAGGUGGCUGCCUAUUGCAGCAAUAAUCAGGCCUCUUUAUCCUCCGCUGUCCUGAGCAGACCAGCUCCUGGGGCUGCCUGCUGUGCCCAGUUCUCUGCUGACAAUAACUGGUACCGUGCCGUUGUCCUGGAAGUUGGUGAGAAUGAAAUGAGUGUCAUCUAUGCAGAUUACGGCAACACUGAAAAGGUGCCAUUCUCCCAAAUCUUGCCCAUCCCAAUGCACCUGCUGCAGCUUCCCUUUCAGAUCACUCGCUGCACCCUCUUUGGUAAGGAGCACUUUCCUGCAGAAUGGCCAGAGGAGGUGCAGCAGAUGUUUCACACCAUCCUUUUGAGUGGUGUCCUGGCCACCGUCCGCUCCUUCGAUGGCUCUGCUAACGUGCUCUCACUCACUCUGCCCACUGAGAGGGGCGGGGGGCAAGUUGCUGAGAUAGUGGAUGCACUACAGGUUCAGACCAAGAGUAAUCCUUGCACAGCCACUGCCCAGAGUGCUGACCAAACUGACAGUAGCACACCUACUGCCAUCGCCCCAGCUGCGCCUGACUGCCCCCAGGCAAAGUCGAUACCUGAAACCCAAAAGGGGCCGGAACUUACAGCAGCUACCACUGGCCUAACCAUAACUCCAGAGCCAACACCCCGGACUCCCCAGCCGAAUAAAAACACUCCUGCAGAGUCAGUCAAUGAGGACCCAGUGCAUAAGAUCAUUGCACAAAUGGCACCAUCAUGCAACAUUAAUACAGAAACGAAUGAUACUCAGACCUCUGGCUGCUGCUGUCUGAGCCUGAAGACUAAGAUUGAUCAACUGGAACAGCUGAUGCAGCUGCAGCUUUCUCUCAUCAAGCAGCUGGUUGGACAGACAAAAUAAGAUUUAUCACAUACGUAACUCUAUAGUUCUGUUUGCCAACUUGUUGAAGUCAAGGUUGUUGUUUUUUUUUUUGUUACUCCAGAAGUUAUGCUCCGGCUUUUAAUUUUAAUUUUGUGUCCUUAUUACUGACAAUGCACUCUGUUCAGGGCAUUUCUGUGUUUCAACCUGUAGUAACAUUCCAGUUGCUUCUUGGGUUUUAACAUUUUUGGAGGUUUUCUGAAUCAUUAUGCAUGAAAGUUGGCAGAAAUAUCAGCAACACCAAGAUGUUCAACCUCAAAUUAUCCAUGUGUGCAUUUGUCCCCUGCAAGUGUGCCAUAGCAUGCCUGCUGUGCUGCCAUCUGUUUCUUUGUUCGGCCCUAAUCACUCGUUCAGGUGGGAUGUUCACCCUGAUUGAUUUAUGUUUGACGUGUGUUUCGGUGUAUACAUAACAUUUCUGUGAUGAAAAACACAAAAUAAAUGUAUAAGGGAUUUUA